GUAUAGCAUGAAAAUAUGAACUUUUAUUAUUCUCUGAUUGCACAAUGCGCGCACACAAAAUCCUUAACAAUCCUCAGAGCACUGCACAGCCACGUCAUCAAAUCCUGUGCCUCGUACUUAUCUUUUGGUGGCCACAAGCUUAUUCAUGGCUACAUUAAGUGCGGCAGCCUUGAUGAUGCACGCAAGCUGUUCGACGAAAUGCCCAACAGACACAUAGUGACUUGGAAUUCCAUGAUCUCUUCUCAUAUCAAUCAUGGCAGGAGCAGAGAAGCCCUUGACCUCUUUGGUAACAUGCUUGUUGAGGGUGCUCUGCCAGAUGCUUACACUUUCUCUGCUAUCUUGAAGGCCUUUGCAGAGAUGGGUGUUUUGAGCCACGGCCAAAGGGCUCAUGGGUUGGCUGUGGUUUUGGGUUUGGAGGUCUUGGAUGGGUUUGUUGCUAGUGCUAUAGUCGAUAUGUAUGCCAAGUUUGGUAGAAUAAGGGAUGCCGGUUUAGUCUUUCAGCGUGUUUUAGAUAAAGAUGUUGUCUUAUGCACUGCAUUGAUUGUAGGCUAUUCUCAACAUGGUUUUUAUAGUGAGGCCUUGGAGGUUUUUGAGGACAUGGUUGACAGGGGAGUCAAGGCUAAUGAAUAUACUCUUGCUAGUGUAUUGAUAAGUUGUGGUAAUCUUGGGGAUUUGGUUAAUGGUCAGUUGAUUCAUAGUCUUCUUGUUAAAUCUGGUCUGGAAUCUGUUGUUGCUUCUCAGACUUCGCUUCUUACCAUGUAUUCGAAAUGUGGCAUGGUUGAGGAUUCUAUGAAGGUUUUUAAUCAUCUUGCUUAUGCAAGUCAGGUAACUUGGACAUCUUUUAUAGUGGGUCUUGUGCAAAAUGGGAGGGAGGAGGUUGCUGUCUCAGUUUUCAGGGAGAUGAUGCGCUGUUCGAUGAAUCCAAAUCCUUUCACGUUAUCUAGUAUUCUUCAGGCAUGUUCAAGCCUUGCAAUGCUUGAAGUAGGGGAACAAGUUCAUGCCAUAACUCUGAAAACAGGAGUGGGAGGAAAUAAGUAUGUCGGUGCUGCACUGAUUAAUUUGUAUGGAAAAUGUGGAUAUAUAGAUAAGGCUAGGUCUGUUUUUGAGGUGUUGAUGGAGUUAGAUUUAGUAUCUAUCAACUCAAUGAUCUAUGCUUAUUCCCAAAAUGGAUUUGGCCAAGAAGCACUUCAGCUAUUUGAAAGAAUUAAAAAGUUGGGACAUGAGCCUAAUGGUAUGACAUUUACGAGCAUUCUCUUGGCAUGCAAAAAUGCAGGGUUAGUUGAAGAAGGCUGUCAAAUAUUUUCCUCCAUUAGGAACAACCACAAUAUUGAGUUGACGAAAGACCAUUUUGCUGGCAUGAUUGACUUGCUAGGACGAUCUAAGAGAGUUGAAGAAGCUGCAAAGUUGAUAGAGGAAGUGAGAAAUCCAGAUGUGGUACUGUGGAGGACACUGCUAAACGCUUGUAGGAUUCACGGCGAGGUAGAGAUGGCUGAAAAGAUUAUUAAAAAAAUCCAUGAGCUUGCUCCCGGGGAUGGGGGAACUCAUGUCCUCCUGACGAAUCUUUAUGCUUCAGCUGGAAAAUGGAACCAGGUAGUUGAGAUGAAAAGCAAAAUAAGAGAUUUGAAAUUGAAGAAAAGUCCUGCUAUGAGUUGGGUUGAUGUAGAUAGAGAGGUUCACACUUUUAUGGCUGGAGAUUUUUCUCACCCAAGAGCUCACGAGAUUUUUUAUACUUUGCAUGAAUUGGUAGAAAAGGUUAAAAUUCUGGGUUAUAAUCCAGAUACCAGAUUUGUGUUGCAGCAUUUGGACGAUGAUGAGAUGAAGUUGAGUUCUUUAUAUUAUCACAGUGAAAAAUUAGCCAUAGCCUUUGCUUUGUGGAAGACUGGUAGUAGGAAAACUAGUAUAAGGAUUUUUAAGAAUCUUAGAGUUUGUGGGGACUGUCACAGUUGGAUAAAAUUCGUUUCUUUACUCACCGGGAGAGAUAUUAUUGCUAGAGAUGCCAACAGAUUCCAUCAUUUUAAAGGAGGAAUUUGUUCUUGCAAAGAUUAUUGGUGAAUCACAUUUGUUAAUUGUUAUAUCUUAGCCCCUCCGCAGUCUAGAACUCACAUUGUGGAUGGACUCUGCUUGUAUCUGUUGUUAGUUAUGCUGGUAACCUGAAAACCUUGGUAAGUACAGCUAUUGAAACUAUUAGUUGACAAGACUGUUGCGGCUAUAUGGUUCGAUGAUA